AAAAAAAGAAAAAUGGCUAGCCCGGAUGCUUGGGAUUUUCCAAAAAACCCGGAUAUUUCGGAUUUUCCAAAUGACCUGGAUGUUUCGGAAUUUCCCAAUGAUACGUCUUUCAAAAAGAAUGAAGUAAACUUUUUCAAAUAUCCUCAGGAAGUUGCUGAUGAUUUUGAAAAUUUAUUUAAAACUAAAGAAGGAUAUGACGUUAUUUUCUACGUUGGUAAAGAAUUAAAAGAAAUGCAUGCGCAUUCACUUAUUUUACGUGCUAGGUCACAAUAUUUCCGUACCGCAACAGAUUGGAGCGUGAAAGAAAAUGGAAAAUUUAUUUUUAAAAAACCCAAUAUUUCACCUCGAUAUUUUGAAAUUAUCUUAAGGUUUAUUUAUUGUGGUGAAGUCAAUUUGACGAAACUACAGGGUCUUGACAUACUAAACCUUUUGAUUGCAAUGGAUGAAUUUAACAUUCCAACGUUAAUAACUUGCGUUCAAAACUACUUGAUUGAGCAUCAAUAUAAAUUUUUACAACAAAAUCCUUCGGAAAUUCUUGAAAUGGUUUAUCAACGUAAAAAUUUUACGGAUUUAUGGAAUUUUUGUCACAAAAAAAUUUGUGAAAAACCAGAAAUAUUAUUUAAUUCUGAUAAAUUUACUAGUUUAAAAGCACCCUUAUUAGAAUUACUCUUAAAAAGGAAUGAUUUGUCAUUAGAUGAAAUUGCUAUAUGGGAUAGUUUGAUUAAGUGGUGUUUGGCUCAGAAUCCUUCUAUUCAACGAGAUGUUAAGAAAUGGAAUAAAGAUGAAAUCACGAUUAUGGAGAAAACUAUUUAUAGAUUCAUUCCUUUAAUAAGAUUUUAUCAUAUAUCAUCGGAAGAUUUUCUAUUAAAAGUAUACCCAUAUAAAUUAUUAUUACCCGAAGAUUUAAUUAAUAACAUACUUACUUUUCAUAUGGCGCCAAAUAAGCAAUCAAACAUGAAUACACAACCACCUAGAAGUAAAACGGACGUAAGCGGAGAAAGCAGUGAAAGCAGUGAAGAAAGUUUAUAUAAUUAUCCUGUACCCCCUCCUAAACCAGAAAGCAGAGGAGUAAAUUUAUAUUAUAGGGAUAAGAGUGAUAAGAGGAAAAGUUUAAAGAACAGAUUAAAAGAUUUCUUUUUUAGUGAAGAACCAAUCCAAGUUUGAUUAACCAAUAUUAGCAAAAUUAAGUCCACUGCUAUAUUUUUAUGAUUUGUAUCUUUAUUCUAAAUUUUUAUUUAUUAAAAUUUUUAUGUACGUAUGUGUAUAAAUUUAUGCCUUUUUUUAAUUAAUUAAUAACGUUCACCAUUAAAUUUUUUCUACCAUUAUCUUAUGGUAGAUUUUGAGCAAUAU